CUCAAUAAUACUAAUUGACCCAUUUACAUAUAUCCAAAGUCUCUGCAUUUUUCUCUCACUCUGUUGUCUUUCCUAAAUUCAUCUCUCUGAAACAGAAAUGGGUCGACUCAGUGUUGUGAUGAUAGCCAUGUGGUCUAUCUUGUUUGUGCUGUUCCCACAUUCGACAUCUGCACAACUCAGACAAAACUACUACGCCAAUGUAUGCCCCAAUGUCGAAAACAUCGUUAGAAAUGUGGUUACUCAAAAAUUUCAACAAACGUUUGUCACAGUCCCUGCAACUCUUCGUCUCUUCUUCCAUGAUUGUUUUGUUCAGGGUUGCGAUGCUUCAGUAAUAGUUGCAUCUUCCGGAAGCAACACAGCCGAGAAGGAUCACCCGGAUAAUCUAUCGCUGGCUGGAGAUGGAUUUGACACUGUCAUCAAAGCAAAAGCUGCAGUCGAUGCGAUCCCAAGUUGCACAAACAAGGUCUCCUGUGCUGACAUUCUUGCCAUGGCAACCCGUGACGUUGUCGCAUUGUCUGGUGGACCUUCAUAUGCAGUAGAGUUGGGAAGAUUGGAUGGGCUGAGUUCAACAGCUGCAAGUGUAAAUGGAAAGUUGCCUCAACCAACCUUCAAUUUGAACCAGCUCAAUUCCUUGUUUGCUGCUAAUGGGCUAACUCAAACAGACAUGAUUGCUCUCUCAGCUGCCCACACCGUAGGAUUCUCUCACUGCGGCAAGUUUGCAAAUCGGAUCUACAAUUUCAGCAAUCAAAACCCAGUGGACCCUACUCUAAACCAAAACUAUGCUUCCCAAUUGCAAUCCAUGUGCCCAAGAAAUGUGGAUCCCAGGAUAGCCAUAAACAUGGAUCCAACCACCCCCAGAACAUUUGACAACGUCUACUUUCAGAAUCUCCAGCAAGGCAAGGGCCUCUUCACCUCGGACCAAGUCCUCUUCACGGACCGCAGGUCCAAACCCACUGUCAAUGCUUGGUCCAGCAACUCACCCGCUUUCCAGAAGGCCUUCAUCACCGCCAUGACCAAAUUGGGCCGGGUCGGAGUCAAAACCGGAUCCAACGGGAACAUCCGUCGUGACUGUUCAGCAUUUAAUUAAUGAAAAAUUUUAAGUGAGUAGUGCUAUACAUACCCGUCACCUCGUUACCCACUAUGAAUACGAUACACUCCUUUAUUAGAGGAUUGGCUCGGUGGAUGAAAACUUCUUCUUCCGAGUUUUAUGUUUAAAUUCUAAUCUUUGAUGUUUGAAUUCCAAUUUUAUCGUUCCGUGAUGUAACUUUCUGUCCUCUUAUUUCUUAUUUUAUUUGAGUGAGAUUCACAUAUUUGUGGGUGAAUAAGAAAUGUUGAUGUGUAGUAGCAUUAUUCAAAAUAAAAGUACUGUCAAAUUUUUAAAUUUUAA